AGGCUCACAGUAAAGGUGCUAAGAAAGAGAAUGUAAGACAGGAAGAUAAUUAAAUAUUUUUACUGAGUCUCUUCGGCAGGCCACCUUUAAGAGAGGUCUCGGACGCCCGUCGCCAGUGGCUGGAGCACAAUGGAUCCCCCAGGGGCACUAGACGCUGAGGAUGAGCUGGGGCCGUUAGCCCAUCUUGCCCCAAGUCCUCAAAGUGAAGCUGUUGCCCACGAAUUCCAGGAGCUGUCCUUGCAGCCCAGCCAGCACCUGCCCCCUCUGAAUGAGAGGAAGAAUGUGCUCCAGCUGAGACUGCAGCAAAGGAGGACAAGGGAGCAACUGGUGGACCAGGGCAUCAUGCCACCUUUGAAGAGCCCAGCUGCAUUCCAUGAGCAGAUAAAAAGCUUGGAACGAGCCAGAACUGAAAACUUUUUGAAGCAUAAGAUUCGGAGCCGACCAGAUCGUUCUGAACUUGUCAGGAUGCACAUUUUAGAAGAGACAUUUGCAGAGCCGUCCUUGCAGGCCACUCAGAUGAAGCUGAAAAGAGCUCGACUAGCUGAUGAUCUGAAUGAAAAGAUUGCUCAAAGACCUGGUCCUAUGGAGCUGGUAGAGAAAAACAUCCUUCCUGUAGACUCCAGUGUUAAGGAAGCAAUUAUAGGCGUUGGGAAGGAGGACUAUCCUCAGACUCAGGGUGAUUUCUCAUUUGACGAAGACAGCAGUGAUGCCUUGUCUCCAGACCAGCCAGCCAGCCAGGAGUCACAGGGGUCAGCCGCGUCCCCAAGUGAGCCGAAAGUUAGCGAAUCUCCAUCUCCUGUGACUACAAACACUCCAGCCCAGUUUACUUCAGUGUCGCCAGCAGUUCCUGAAUUCUUGAAAACUCCUCCUACGGAUCAGCCCCCCACCAGGUCCACAGCUCCUGUCGUCCCCACGAACACUGUGUCCUCAGCAAAGCCUGGGCCAGCGCUGGUAAAGCAAAGCCAUCCCAAGAAUCCCAACGACAAACACCGCAGCAAGAAGUGCAAAGACCCCAAGCCCCGGGUAAAGAAGCUGAAGUACCACCAGUACAUCCCCCCCGACCAGAAAGGGGAGAAGAACGAGCCGCAGAUGGACUCCAACUACGCCCGGCUGCUGCAGCAGCAGCAGCUCUUCCUGCAGCUGCAGAUCCUGAGCCAGCAGCAGCAGCACUACAACUACCAGACCAUCCUGCCGGCGCCACUCAAGCCACUCAAUGACAAAAAUAACAACAGUGGGAAUUCAGCUCUGAACAGUACCACACCUAACACUCCAAGACAGAAUACAUCUGCUCCUGUGAGAAAGCCGGGACCUCUGCCUUCUAGCUUGGAUGACUUAAAGGUGUCAGAACUGAAGACAGAACUGAAGCUAAGGGGUCUUCCGGUGUCAGGCACCAAACCAGACCUCAUCGAGCGCCUGAAACCCUACCAGGAAAUGAACAGCAGUGGCAUCGCAGCGGGGGGCGUCCUGGCGGUGCCCGCGUCUGCCAUAGUCACCAGCAGCCCCGACGUCACCGUGGCCCUUCCCAUCACAACACUGCACAACCCCGUGACGAGCUCGGGCUCCUCCUUCAAGGCAGAAGCGCCGCUGGCGGGCCCCGGCACCGUCUCCCACGCCGAGACCGUCAGCUCCCCUCUGCCCAUCUCGCCAUCCCCCUCCGAACAGUCCAGUCUCGGGACCGAGGACACUCUCACCGAGAUUAUGACCAUGAUGUCGCCGGCGCAGUUCCUGUGCUCGUCCCCUCUGCGAGUCACGGGCCCUGACGACAGCCCGAGCCCCACCAGCAGCACGCUGUCGAGUCUGGAACUGGACGCGGCUGAGAAGGACCGCAAGCUGCAGGAGAAGGAGAAGCAGAUCGAGGAGCUCAAGAGGAAACUGGAACAAGAGCAGAAGCUCGUGGAAGUUCUGAAAAUGCAGCUCGAGGUGGAGAAGCGAGGGCAGCGGCAGCCUCCGCUGCUGGAAGCGCAGGUCAGCGCUUCGGCCAGCCCGGCAGCCAAGUUAGACCAGAAGCACGGCGGCGGCUCUGUCAAGGACGAGACCUCGCCCAGCGACUGCUCCGCCCCCAGGCAGCCAGGCCCGCCCUCCGGCCAGCCCCUGGCAACGGGGGGCCAGGCCCUGGCGGCCAAAAAGGCGGUGGUGAUCAAGCAGGAGGUCCCCGGGGCGCAGGCGGAGCCGCAGAGCGUGGUGCCGCAGUUUUACACUCCAGCACAAGCAGGAAUCCAGACUCAGCCUCAGACAGCAACUGCCACCCUGUCCUCAGGCUUAGCCCAGACUGUACCUCAGAAGCAAGACACUUUCACACCACAUGUGCUCAGUCAGUCUCAGCAAGUGAGAAAGGUCUUCACAACCUCGGCAUCGAACACCGUUCUCCCCUACCCAAGAGCACCCGCUCCAGCAGUCCAGCAGCCCUUUGUCAGUAAGACGCCCACCAGCGUUCUGCAGUCCAGAAGUGCCCCACGUGCCUCCCUGCAGAAUGGACCUACCACUUCCAGUAAGCCCGGCUCGCCCCCGCCACCCCAGCAGUGUGUCGUCCAGCACUCCCUGUUUGGGAGCCCAGUCCCCAAGACGAAAGACCCUCCCCGCUACGAGGAGGCCAUCAAGCAGACGCGCAGUGCCCAGUCCUCCCUUCCAGAGAUUUCCAAUGCACACAGCCAGCAGAUGGAUGACCUCUUUGAUAUCCUCAUUAAGAGUGGAGAGAUUUCCCUCCCUAUCAAAGAAGAGCCUUCACCUAUUUCCAAAAUGAGACCAGUGACAGCCAGCAUCACCACAAUGCCAGUCAACACAGUGGUGUCCCGGCCACCACCCCAAGUCCAGAUGGCACCACCCAUCUCCUUAGAACCCAUGAGCAGUUUAUCUGCCAGCUUAGAGAACCAGCUAGAAGCUUUCUUGGAUGGAACUUUACCUUCGGCCAACGAAAUUGCUCCACUACAAAGCAGCAGUGACGACAGGGAGCCCUUCUCUCUGAUCGAGGACCUCCAGAACGAUCUGCUGAGUCACUCGAGUGUGCUGGACCACUCACACUCCCCCAUGGAGACUUCGGAGGCCCAGUUUGCUGCCAGCACCCCAUGUCUGUCACUUGACCUUUCGGACUCAAACUUGGACAACAUGGAGUGGCUGGACAUUACCAUGCCUAACACGUCGGGACUCACUCCCCUCAGCACGCCCGCUCCCAGCAUGUUCUCCGCUGACUUUCUAGAUCCACAGGACCUGCCCUUGCCGUGGGACUAA